UGGAGGUGUGUGUGUGUGUGUGUGUGUGUGAGCGCAGUGUGUGGAUCAGCAUGGAGACUCCACAAGCAAACUCUAAGGGGAAAAACUGGAUUUAAUUCAUUCGCCGUGGAGGAGCAGCACCGAGGAGCGAUGAAGCGGGAUUUGUUGCUCUUUGUUUUCGGGUGGUUAAAACUCCCGUGGCUCGUGGAUUGUUUCGUUGUUCAUGUGAGUGAGGAUGCGGGACCGGGCACCGCGAUCGCCGGUCUGGAGGGAAGCGCCGCUUGCGCGCUGGAGCAGCUCAUCCUGCCGCGGUUCGCGGAGAGUUUUCUGCGCGCGGACGCGGGUGUGCUGACCCUCUCGGGCGCUUUGAACUGCGACGCGGUUCUUUUGAACCCGUUCGGUGUGUACGCGGUCGUGGAGUGCGCUGAUAACGCGUCGGGGUUCAGACACCUUGUAACCAGCCAGUAUGAUGUGCACGUUCACGGGAAGAAGUGCGCGAGGGUACGCAAACGCGAAGAAAAGCUGGAUGUGGAGAUUAUAAGUUUGAUAGACACUUCUGCGUGCCUUGAGGCGGACACUGCUGUUUUCCGGGUGUUUGAUGUGUUACCGGGCAACCCGACGCGCUGUAAUGUAACCGGGACUUCAGCGCUUUAUAUCUCCAACGGGCUGCUGUUUACUAACGCUCCGCUGUGUUUCACUCGCGAUUCUUUGGUGGAGUUUCAACUGCGCUGCGCGGGACGCGAAAGAAGCGCAAGUUCUGGUCUUGCGCAUGCGCAUUGGCGCAUGGGCCGUGGCCCUUUCACGCAAACACACCUGAGGAAGUUACUGCAGCGGGCCGCGCGUUCAAACUCCGGUCUGCUGAGCAGGAGGAAGAGGAACGUCAACAAUAACCCUCAGUUUCAACCUCCCAUGUAUCAGGUGUCCGUUCCAGAGAAUCAACCAGCCGGAACUUUUGUUGUUGUUUUAAAAGCAUUUGACCCGGAUGAGGGUGAAGCUGGAAGGCUGGAAUAUUUCUUAGAAGCUCUGUUUGAUAGUCGCUCCAACAAUCUCUUCACUGUCAACUCAUCAAGCGGAGUCGUUUCCACCGUGGAGAUACUAGACAGAGAACUAAGGGAGGACACGCAUGUGUUCAGGGUCACGGCGGUUGAUCGUGGAACGCCUCGACGUACAGCAAUGGCCACUCUCACCGUAACAGUAAGCGAUACGAACGAUCACGACCCUGUAUUUGAGCAGCAGGAUUAUAAAGAGAGCGUACGUGAGAAUCUGGAGAUUGGUUAUGAGGUUCUAACUGUGCGUGCCACGGAUGGCGACGCUCCCGUUAACGGAAACAUCCUUUAUCAUUUGCUGAACAACAACAACGGCACUAACGAUGUUUUCGAGAUCGAUUCCCGGUCUGGCGUUAUUCGCACGCGAGGACUGGUUGACCGCGAAACUGGUCGAGAUUCCUAUGUGCUUCUAGUCGAAGCCAACGACCAGGGACGGGAUCCGGGCCCCCGACGUGCAACGGCGAGUGUACACAUCAUCGUGGAGGACGAUAACGACAACGCGCCGCAGUUCAGCGAGAAACGCUACAUCGUUCAGAUUCCCGAAGACUUGACGCCCAACACCGAAAUCCUGCAGGUGACGGCGACAGAUCAGGACCGCGGGAACAACGCCGUGGUCCAUUUCAGCAUCAUGAGUGGCAACACAAGGGGCCAGUUUUACAAUCGAGACGCCCAAACGGGAAAAUUAGAUUUGGUGAGUCAGCUGGAUUACGAGAUGAAUAAGGAGUACACGCUUCGCAUUCGAGCGCAAGAUGGCGGACGCCCGCCGCUCUCCAACAUCAGCGGCCUAGUCACAGUGCAAGUACUGGACGUUAACGACAACGCUCCGAUAUUCGUAAGCACUCCGUUCCAAGCUACAGUACUGGAGAACGUUCCAGUUGGAUAUUCCGUCAUUCAUAUUCAAGCCAUAGACGCCGAUGCGGGAGAUAAUUCCCGUUUGGAAUAUCGUCUCACAGAGGCCACGCCCAACUUCCCGUUCACCAUCAACAACAGCACCGGCUGGAUCGUCGUAGCAUCGGAACUGGACAGAGAGAGCGUGGACUUCUAUAGCUUCGGAGUGGAGGCGCGAGACCACGGAGCGCCGGCUAUGUCCUCAUCGGCUAGCAUCAGCAUGACUAUUCUAGACGUCAACGACAACAACCCUGAGUUCACGCAAAAGGCCUACUACAUGCGCCUAAACGAGGACGCGUCCAUAGGAACGAGCGUCGUCACCGCGUGUCCCGCCGUCGAUCAGGAUAUUAACAGAAAAAAAAAAAAAAAAAAAAAAAAAAAAAAAAAAAUAAACAGCGUUGUUACGUAUCAGAUCUCAAGUGGGAAUACAAGAAACCGAUUUUCCAUCACCAGCCAGAGCGGCGGAGGCCUGAUAACCCUCGCUCUACCGCUGGACUACAAGCUGGAAAGACAGUACGUCCUCACCGUAACGGCGUCUGACGGGACACGCUUCGACACCGCUAAGGUUUAUGUCAACGUCACGGAUGCCAACACACACAGGCCAGUUUUCCAGAGUUCGCAUUACACGGUCAACAUCAACGAGGACCGGCCUGUCGGGAUGACCGUAGUGAUGAUUAGCGCGACGGACGAGGACACGGGCGAGAACGCUCGAAUCACGUACUUCAUGGAUGACAGCAUCCCGCAGUUUAACAUCGAUUCGGAUAGCGGCGCGGUAACCACGCAGAUGGAGCUGGACUACGAAGAUCAAGUUUCCUACACGCUCGCCAUCACGGCUCGAGACAACGGCAUCCCGCAGAAAUCCGACACUACCUACUUGGAGAUCCUGGUGAAUGAUGUUAACGACAACUCGCCCGUGUUCCUUCGCGACCGCUACUUGGGAUCGGUCAUGGAGGACAUUCCCACCUUCACCAGCGUCCUGCAGGUGUCCGCGACCGACCGAGACUCGGGCCUCAACGGACGCGUCUUCUACACGUUCCAGGGCGGAGAAGACGGAGACGGAGACUUCAUCAUCGAGUCUACAUCGGGGAUCGUACGAACCCUGCGACGUCUUGACCGAGAAAACACGCCUGUUUAUAAUCUCCAAGCCUUCGCGGUGGAUAAAGGUGUUCCUCCGCUCAAGACGCCGGUUGAUAUCCAGGUGACCGUUUUAGAUGUAAACGACAACCCGCCAGUGUUCGAGAAAGACGAGUUUGAUAUCUUCGUGGAGGAGAACAGUCCCAUCGGGCGUGCCCACAUAUCUGCGCUGCGUCAGACCCAGAACGAAGGCAGCAAUGCGCAAAUCAUGUACCAGAUCGUCGAAGGCAACAUCCCCGAGGUCUUCCAACUGGACAUCUUCUCCGAGCUCACCGCUCUGACCGACCUCGACUACGAGACGCGUUCGGAGUAUAUCAUCGUAGUUCAAGCCACGUCUGCGCCUCUGGUCAGCAGAGCCACGGUCCACAUCAAACUCAUCGACAAGAACGACAACGUCCCCGUCCUCAAGAACUUCCAGAUUAUAUUUAACCACUACGUAACCGAUAAGACCAACAGCUUCCCGUCGGGUGUGAUCGGCCGGAUCCCGGCUCACGACCCGGACAUCUCCGAUCAGCUCCACUACAGCUCAGCCGGAAACGAGCUGAAUCUGGUGCUUCUGAACCAGAGCACCGGAGAGAUCCGACUCAGCCGAGCCCUGGACAACAACAGACCGCUGGAGGCGUCCAUGAAGAUCGCCGUCUCUGAUGGCGUUCACUCGGUGUCGGCUCAGUGUCUGCUGCAGGUCACCAUCAUCACGGACGAGAUGCUCUCCAACAGCAUCACGCUGCGAUUGGCCGACAUGUCGCAGGAGCGCUUCCUCUCGCUCCUAUUGGCUCAGUUCCUGGAGGGCGUGGCCAGUGUUCUCUCAGCGUCACGUGAGGACGUGGUGGUCUUCAACAUCCAGGACGACACGGACGUCAGCGCCGGCAUCCUGAACGUCAGCCUGUCGGUGGCGGUUCCGGGCGAGGGGUCACGAGGCCGCGGGGUCAGCCCGGCCCGGCUGGGUCGCAGCAGCGGAGGCGAGGUGGAGUUCUUGGGGUCGGAGGAGCUGCAGGAGCGCCUGUAUCUGAACCGCAGUCUGCUGGCGCAGAUCUCCUCGCAGGAGGUGCUCCCGUUCGACGACAACAUCUGCCUGCGCGAGCCGUGCGAGAACUACAUGAAGUGCGUGUCCGUGCUGAAGUUCGACAGCCUGGCGCCGUUCGUGGCGUCCGACACCAUCCUGUUCCGGCCGAUCCACCCGAUCGCAGGCCUGCGCUGCCGCUGUCCGCUCGGCUUCACGGGAGACUACUGCGAGACGGAGAUCGAUCUGUGCUACUCCAAACCCUGCGGCGCUCACGGCGUCUGCCACAGCCACGAGGGCGGCUUCACCUGCCAGUGUCUCCACGACUACACAGGUGAGCGAUGCGAGAUCUCGUCGCGCUUGGGCCGCUGUGCCGAGGGCGUGUGUAAGAACGGCGGGACGUGUCUCAAUCUGCUGGUGGGCGGCUUUAGGUGCGAGUGUCCUCCCGGAGGCUUCGAGAAGCCCUUCUGCCACAUGAGCUCCAGGAAUUUCCCUCCUCAGACCUUCAUCACCUUCAAGGGUCUCCGGCAGCGCUUCCACUUCACGCUCUCGCUGUCGUUUGCGACUCGAGAGCCUGACGGUCUGCUGCUGUAUAACGGACGCUUCAACCAGAAACACGACUUCAUCGCUCUGGAGAUCGUUAACGAACAGAUCCAGCUCACCUUCUCCGCAGGAGAGACGCAGACGACGGUGUCGCCCUCCAUCGCGGGCGGAGUGAGCGACGGGCGCUGGCACACGGCACACGUGCACUACUACAACAAGCCCGUCCUGAACCGCGCGGGUCUCCCUCAGGGCCCGUCCGAUCAGAAGGUUGUCGUGGUGACGGUGGACGACUGCGACACACCGGUGGCGCUGCGCUUCGGUCACGUGAUUGGAAACUAUUCGUGCUCCGCCCAGGGCAGCCAAUCAGGAUCCAAGAAGUCUCUGGAUCUGACGGGGCCACUGCUGCUGGGCGGCGUUCCCAAACUUCCCGAGGAGUUUCCCGUCCGGAACCGGCAGUAUGUCGGCUGCAUGAAGGACCUGCGCAUCGACCAGCGGCACAUCGACAUGGCCGGAUUCAUCGCUAACAACGGAACGCUAGCCGGAUGCUCGGCGAAGCGUCAUUUCUGCGGUACUAACCCGUGUCUGAACGGCGGCAGCUGCGUGAAUCUGUGGGGUUCGUUCCGAUGCGACUGUCCGCUGGGAUUCGGAGGACGGAACUGCGAGAAAGUGAUGCCCAACCCACUGCGUUUCCAUGGUAACGGGCUGUUGUCGUGGCGGGAUCUGGUUGUCGUGGUAACGGUUCCGUGGCAUCUGGAGUUCAUGUUUCGCACGCGGCAGCCGACGGCGACACUGAUACACAUCAGUUCAGCACAACACAACCUCACCAUACAGCUGAGGGAGGGUUACGUGUUGACGUCGGUUCAGCGCGGCGAGGACUCCACCGUGUCUCGUGUUGAUGAUGUCACAGUGAGCGACGGCCAAUGGCAUCAUGUGUUGCUGGAGCUCCGAGGCCCCGGGACGGGCGGCAUAACGGCGGCGCUGAGCCUCGACCACGGCCUGUACACGGAUCUAGACUCUAAGCUGAAGGGUGUUAAACUGAAGACUGUGAGUGUCGGGGGAAUCACAGACAGCAUUCAGAGGAUGUGUUCAGGUGUUCGUGGUUGUCUGCAGGGUUUGCGUCUGGGUGACUCCGCCUCGGCUCCCGUGUUUCCCAGCAUGCAUCAGGCUGAUGUGGUGAACGUGGAGUCGGGCUGCAGUCUGCCGAACCCCUGCGGAUCGAACCCGUGUCCGGCUCACAGCGACUGCAGCGACGACUGGGACACACAUUCCUGCAGAUGCCACAGCGGUUACUACGGCAACAACUGCAGCGACGCCUGCGCUCUGAACCCCUGCGAGCACCAAUCAGCAUGCAGCAGGAAGUCAAGCUCCGCCCACGGAUACACCUGUAACUGUCCCAGCAGCUACUUCGGCCAGUACUGCGAGAAAAAGAUGGAUCUGCCGUGUCCCCGCGGAUAAUUCAUUUAUAACUCAUAACUUCCACACAACUCAGACACGGCUAAAGGAUUCGACGCUGACUGUAACAAGACCAGCGGCGCGUGUCGCUGCAAGGACAAUCACUUCCGGCCGGCGUCGAGCGCAGUGUGUCUGCUGUGUGACUGUUACGCGGUGGGCUCGUUCUCGCGCGCGUGUGACCGGGACAGCGGUCAGUGUCCGUGUAAGCCGGGUGUCAUCGGGCGGCAGUGUGACCGCUGUGAUAACCCCUUCGCUGAGGUCUCGUCCAGCGGCUGUGAAGUCAUCUACAACAGCUGUCCGCAGGCCAUCGAAGCGGGAAUCUGGUGGCCGCGGACCAAGUUCGGUCUCCCAGCGGCCGUCUCGUGUCCGAAAGGAUCCACCGGGACUGCGAUCCGUCACUGUGACGAGCACAAGGGCUGGCUGUCACCGAACCUCUUCAACUGCACGUCUGUGAGCUUCAGUAAACUCAAGACACUGUCGGAGCGUUUGGUGCGUAACGCAUCUCUGAUGGACUCCAGUAACGUCCAGCAGACCGCGGCGCUGCUCUAUAACGCAACGAAGAGCGUGAGACAGUUCUACGGCAGCGACGUGAAGAUGGCGUAUCACCUGACGCGUGCCAUACUGCAGCAUGAGAGCCGCCAGCAGGGCUUCAACCUCAGCGCCACGCAGGACGUCCUGUUCAACGAGCACCUGAUGCACGUGGGCAGUGCUAUACUGUCGGCGGACACGCGUGGACACUGGGAGCUCAUCCAGCAGACGGAGGGCGGCUCGGCCACACUGCUGCGACAGUUCGAGGAGUAUACGAACACGCUUGCGCAAAACAUGAGGAAGACCUACCUGAGCCCCUUCACCAUCGUCACGCCCAACAUCGUCAUCUCCAUCGAUCGUUUGGAGAAGAUGAAUUUCGCUGGCGCUAAACUGCCUCGUUACGAGUCCCUGCGCGGGCCACGCCCACUCGACCUGGAGACGGCCGUCACUCUUCCCUACUCGGUUUUCAUCCCCGCCCCUGAGGGCAAAGGUCAGCGGCACCACAGCGAGUCAAUCGCAGAGUCCGGCAGAAACCACACGACCAGCCGGAAGAGGCGUCAUCCGGACGAGCGCGAGCAGGACGCCGUCGCCAGCGUCAUCAUCUUCCACAGCCUAGCGGCGCUGCUGCCGGAGCGAUACGACACCGACAAGAGGAGCCUCAGGGUUCCCAAGCGUCCGGUCAUCAACACUCCUGUGGUCAGUAUAACGGUUCAUGAUAACGAGGAGCUGCUGCAGCACACGCUGGAUAAACCCAUCACGGUGCAGUUCCGUCUGGUGACCACUGAGGAGCGCUCUAAACCCAUCUGUGUGUUCUGGAACCACUCCAUAGUCGCUGGCGGUCCGGGCGGCUGGUCUUCUAAGGGCUGUGAGGUGGUCUUCAGGAACAGCACACACAUCAGCUGCCAGUGUUACCACAUGACCAGCUUCGCCGUGCUCAUGGACAUCUCACGCCGAGAGAACGGAGAGAUCCUGCCGGUGAAGCUGAUCACGUGGAGUUCAGUGGGUGUGACGCUGGGCUUCCUCUUCCUCACCAUCGUCUUCCUCACCUGCCUGCGGGCCGCGAGCAGCAACAAGACCAGCAUCGUCAACAACGGCGCGGCUGCGCUCUUCAUCGCGCACCUCGUCUUCAUCCUGGGCAUCAAUCAGGCCGAUAACCCGUUCCUGUGUACGGUGAUGGCCAUCCUGCUGCACUUCCUCUGGCUCUGCGUCUUCUCCUGGCUCUUCCUGGAGGGGCUGCACGUCUACCGCAUGCUGAGCGAGCUGCGCGACAUCAACUACGGCCCCAUGCGCUUCUACUACCUGAUUGGCUGGGGCGUGCCGGCCUUCAUCACGGGUCUGGCGGUGGGACUGGACCCCGAGGGCUACGGGAACCCCGACUUCUGCUGGCUCUCGCUCUACGACACCCUCAUCUGGAGUUUCGCGGGUCCUGUCGCGUUCGUCGUGUCGAUGAACGUGUUCCUGUACAUCAUGGCAUCGAGAGCGUCGUGUUCAAUCGAGAAGAGAGACGUGCCGGCGGCGGGUCUGCGGACAGCGUGUGCCGUGUUGCUGCUGGUGACGGUGACGUGUCUGCUGGCGCUGCUGUCGGUCAACAGCGACAUGAUUCUCUUCCACUAUCUGUUCGCCGGAUUCUGCUGCGUUCAGGGGCCGUUUCUGUUCUUCUUCCGCGUGGUGUUUAAUAAAGAGGCGAGAGACGCCAUGCGCUACUGCUGCAGCAGGAAACGACCCGAUCACAUGAUCAAACCCAAACCAUCCGCGUUUAUCUGCAACAGUAAUUUGGUGGACGGACGUCUGUAUCAUCUGCCGUUCGCUGAGUCCAGUGUGUCUCUGAACGGAACCCAGAGCAGCAAAACUCAUCAGAACUACAUGCCCUUCAGUCUCCGAGAAGACGAUCUGAACAGCAGUCACCUGAGUCUGAGUGAACACAACACACUGUUCAAAGACAAAGAGCAGAUGGACGAUCACGACUCAGACUCUGACAGCGAUCUCUCAGAGCUGGAGGACGAUCAGAGCGGCUCGUAUGCAUCCACACACUCGUCCGACAGCGAGGAAGACGAGGGCGAGUUCCCGCAGGAGGAAUGCUGGGAGAAUCUGGCCACCAGCGGCCCCAUCAAACCUCACGAUGUGUGGGAGGGUGAGACAGGAGCAGCAGACGAGCGUCUGAAGGUGGAGACACUGUCCAAACCAGAGCACAGAGCAGAGGAUCAUGGGACGGAAAACCUGCUGCUGCUGCUGGCCAGUUUUACAAACUCUACAGCGCAGCUGCACAAAGGAAUCCUGAAGAAGAAGCAGCGAGGACGCCAUCAAAUCGCCGAGAGGAAACGCCCAAUCAACCGCAUCCACAACCAGCUGUCUGGAGACUCCCCCUCCUCACGCGGCCCCUCCUCCAGCGAGGGCCGAGGGGGCGGGGCUAGGCGGGGUCAUCUGAACGGGGCGUCGGCAAGCGGACUGAUGAAAAUGCUCGACAACGACUCGUCUGAAUCUGAGUGA